UAUCCCUAUGUACUGUACUACCACUUGAUCAUCGGCAAAUAUUAAAUAUUCACAUAUUUUUUUUUAAUAUUUUCUAUAAAAAAUUGUUAAAAACGUUGUUAUGGACCCAAAUUUGAGAAAUCUUAAAGAUUUCCUUACAUUAUACAACAAAGUCACGGAACUUUGCUUUAACCGAUGUGUGGAUAAUAUGAAUGAAAGGGAUUUGGCCAAGCAUGAGGAAACUUGUGUAAAUCGUUGUGUGAAUAAAUUUGCUUUAUUCAAUCAAAACAUGAUGAAAGUUUAUGUUGAAGUACAAUCGGAAAUCAAUCAAAAACGUUUGCAAGAAAUUGAGGAAGGCCAAAAAGUGAUACAACAAAACCAGGAGCAACAACAACAAGCACAACAGUCACCAUCCAACAAGAGCACAAUUGCUGAAGAAGUUAAAAAUGCAUUGACCUCCACCCCGAAAUUGUUAUCGUAGAAAUAUUUACAAAUUAUGUUUAUGAGUUACAGUUAGAUGCUAGUGUUAUUUUUGAUAUUGUUUAAUUAAAUUUAUUUUCCAGUAAGAA